GGUACUUUCGCCCCUGGGUCGGGACUCAGGCCUCGUGGCACGAUCACGGCCGUCCAAGCAACAUAAUUAAUGAUGAUUUGAUUAUAAGAAUCAUCACUGAUCCACCCCUCCAUUUCCUUCCCCUUCCCUUUCCUUCCUUUCUGUCCCACCCCAUAAACGGAGAGGAAAAAGGGAACGGAGGAAGGAAGGAAUGGUGAUUAUAAGUAGAACUUGGUGAGCUUCUGUGUUCUUGAAUGGAUGAAGAAGAACUUCCUGUUGAGCUUGGGUGUGCAGACUGUUACUAACGCUUUGGAGUGUCAUAAUCUGACAGCGAGAGAGAGCACGCUAGUCGGCAUCCAUGCUUGGAGACAUGGCUGUUUACCAGCGUGCUCUCUUUCGUUGUCAUACGAUGUGCCUUCCGAGGCAAGAUCCACUAGCUCUCCGGUAUCAUUUCAUCUCAUCAGGCACUUUGCUUUGACCCAGACUGACAUAUUACGAGCCUUUGAGGUGUUUUUGUUCCUCUACUUACUCUUUCUUUCACCUUUUAAGAUUGGAUGAUCUUCCCUUUGUAAGUUUCUUCAGCAAGAACAUCAGGGAAAUGCUAUAUUCACUUUAAUUGGCAUCGCUGAAGUGAUCAAGGGUUAAGAUCGCUGGACAUGGUGGCUCCUGCUCACUUUUAGUUGACUCAGUGGCCAUUAAACCAUAGAAGUGGUUACUUAAAGUGAUUAUAGAGGAUCCUCUUAUCUUAGUCUUAUCAUGAACCACACUUUAAUAAAAAUGCAAGAUAUGUGGAAAUAAAUCAGUGUCAUAUUUUACAUGGUAACAUCACACUUGAUGUGAACAUAGAAGGAUCUUAUCUAGUCUGCUGGUUUCAAAAACAACUUCGCAAGGACUUUUCUUGCUCAUAUUCACACUAUGUACUUACAUUAGGUUUCUUUUGUGGCAGCAAAUAAAAGUAGUGUAUGGAUAUCUAUGAAAUUUGAUAUUUAUAUUAAUUAAUGUAGAAUGAAUGGUCAUGAUACUUGUUCCCUUGUUGUGGAUUGAGUGUCUCUUAGGAUAAAGGGAGGGGAGGACCAAAUUUGAAGUGAAGAGAAGAAAGACGAGGUCCAUGGUGUUUGAUUUUUUUAAUUUCAUAUAUCCAAUUGCAAUUCUAUCAAUGCCAAUCUUUCAAGAAUGAAACUUUUAUACGUUUUGCAAGAAAUGGUUAUAUUAUGUAACUCGUAAGUUGAUUGUCCUA